CGUGAAGCCUCCUCUAGUCUCGAGUGCGAUUGCUGGAUCAACUCGCGUCUCCGCCUGUUAUACUCGGGCAACUUGCUACCAGAACACCACUACACGACCAGACGUCGACACACUUGCUCCGGCCACCAUGUCCCUUCCUGUACGGUCUCCUACUGUCAAGGAACCCUCUCUAGAACCUCCACUUCCGGUCGACUCGUCUCACGACGCAUCCACAGCAACCAUUGCUCCAAUUUCCUCGAAUCAAACUCAGCAAUCUCUCAAAACGACACCAAUCAGCACUGAGCCUGUCUCCGCUUCCAACGGCACCGGUGCUCCUUCUCCUUCUGGCUCAGUUGCCUCGUCUACCUCUAUCGAGAGCAAGAAGCGCGCUCACGCCGAGGUCGAGGAUCGUCAGACUACUAUGACCUCAGCCAAGCGCGUCAAGAAGGCGGCUGCGAGCGCUGGUACGAAGCCUGCGCGAAAAGGUGCACCUCCCGCACCUCGUGUCGGCACCCGCUCCAGUGGUCGCGCCCGGAAGGCUCCUGAGCGAUUCGAAAACCUCGCUUCGCCACCAAAGCCGGCUACCACGACAGCUCGCAAGCCCGGAGGCAGGGUGUUCGAGCCCGUCUACAUCACCACCAACGCCAAUAGCCGCCUCAAGAAAAUCGACCUCUUUCACAUGCUCCUUAAAGCCAACGCUUGGACCUGCCUCACCUCCGAGCAGAAGCUUGAUAUCCUCGCCCUGCUCCCGCUCAAUCCCAUCAACGUCAAGCUCGCCAAUGACCUUCGUGCUGGUACCGCUGCUGAGGAUGCUCGCCCUCGAGAAGUUAGCCUCAACUUCAAUUUGUUCCGCACCGACGUGGCCAAGUUCAAGGAGGAUCUUUCAAAUGGCCAUCUCGGCAAGACAUGGCAGGCGUCUGCUGAGCAGGCCAUCAAAGAUCGCGCUGCGGGCGCCUUCGACGACUGGAAGGAGCAAGAGGCUGAGUUGUGGUGGGGUCAGAACUGAUCGCAACAGUUGAAGUGCUACGAUAUCAAGAUGUGACGAGUUAUUGAGGAUGCAGGCAUUCUCUUAUGCAUAUCGUUUUCGUACUUGUGGCACGUGCGGUUUGUCAUGCGACAGCGAUGUAUCGGUUGGUGUACGGCGACAGCGAAACCGCUUACGUCGCAUGUGGCAUUUGCUUUUUGGGAGCCC